CUUAGCCUUCUCUCUUGAUUGACUUCUUUUUAACUGAAGGAAUACAUUUAUUCCUUUUAAAUUCAGGUUGUAUGCUGAUUCUGUAUUUUUUUACUUGAACUUAUUAGUACAAUUGUUGAAGGACAACGUGAGCUUGUUAUAUUUGUAUUCACUUAAUUGAAAGGCAAAUUAUAUUUUUUUAACAAUUUGAUUCCUUUUAAUAGCAGCAACAAUAUGAUACAGCAGCAGGUGGCAAUGUUGGAAGGUUGAACUAAGGGAAAUCGUGUGUGUGUAACCAACCUUUAUUUUGAAAAGCAAACUUUUUUUAUUUUGAAGAACGAUCCAGGAAGUAGCGGAACAAAAACAACAACAAAAAUUGUGUUCAAUGCUCUAUGGUGUGAAUUGUGUAGUCUGAAGACGUUGACUUUACACUGCAAUGCAAAUUACUAUAACAUAAGUGUUUAACAUAAACAUAGCGCUAAGGAGAUGUCCGAUACUGUCGCAUUUCAUGCUCAGCUAGCCUCCAUCGUCGAGGUUUUGGCGAAUGCAGCCGUUGCCGAAAUCUGCAAACUUGUAGAUGACGGCCAUGCUGCUUUACGUUUGGAAAUUUCCCAUAGUCAGAAAGAAAUCGAGAACUUGCGGAGGAAGCUGGUUUUGACAAAAUGUCAGACUUCUCGACGGGGCACAGAAAGAUUCGGAGCCCUGCGACGCACAGUUCACAAGCACGUGGACACUAAUCAUGUUGCCCGGGGAAGAGGGAGCUUUGUAGGGAAGUCGACAGGCAGACUUGGAUAUUUGAAGAAUCGUUUUGACGACAUUGAAGAGGGCAACUUUAUGCAGGAUGUCACUACCUGGAAAGACGCAGGACGCACAGCGACAGACCAUAAUGGUGGCAUGCAGAUGGCAGAUAUGCAAGAAGAAACUCAUGUCAAAAUGGAGAACCUUGACACCAGUACAAUAGAAGAGAUUGCCCAACCGGUCAGUGAGAGCAGUGAGAAGAUCAUUGUAGCAGAACCAGGUUCUUCAUCAUGUACUGAAACCACAGACCUUCUGGACCAGCAGGGCAACAGACACAGAGCUCCAGACACCUCACUCAAUAUAGAACCUGAAAACCAGACCUUCCAGCAUCCAGCGUCACAAUACAACAGAGCAAGACAAGACCAUCAGGUUGCUGAGGGUGUGACCUGGGAAACUGACCAUCAACCCAUAGAAUACAGCCUGUCCCAAUGGACAGAGAACCAAGAGACUGACAACCCAACUGUGAAUGUUCCUCAUAAUGCAGGGCCAGACUCCAAGAGGCUGUCUGGACAUCCAGAGAGGAGAGGGGUGUCUGGUAACUCUGGGGUCUGCAUGUCUGCUUCAGGCUCUCUGGACUGGCUGCCUGAUGUGGUGAUGGUGGACUCAGUUCCCAUUAAAGUGGAGGCAGAUAUGAGUUCAGAAUGGAGCCUAACUGGCCAAGAGGUGACAUCUGGAGAGGUCUGUUCAGACGGCAGGCAGCUUGUGGACAACAGAGGAAGAGGGGGAAUGGAGUCUGGACAGACAAAGUGUCCCCCUGACACUCAACAUGCAGAGCAAGGGAGAACUGUAGGAUCAAGGUCCAAGUUGCCAGAUUUCAAUGGACUGUCCACCCAAAACAGCUUUUCAUCCCCAAGGGUUACUCUUCACCAGGUUCCCCAAAGAGGGAAGCAAGCCCCCUUUCCGAAUUUCAACAGAGGCUCCACUUCUUCAUCGAAAGGCAUAGAAAAGCAGCCGCAACAGCUGACGUCUCACUCCACCAAGAGAUAUCUCCGUUGCAGCCUCUGCGGGAAGCCCUUCCCCCAGGCGUACCUAAGCAGGCACAUGCGGGUCCAUACGGGGGAGAAACCGUACGGCUGCAGCCACUGCACCAAGCGCUUCUCCCACAGCCACCAGCUGAAGAGGCAUGAGAGGGUGCACACCGGAGAGAAACCGUUUCAAUGUGUCUACUGUGGGAAGUGCUUCACCCAGUCCUGCCACAUGAAGAAGCACCUCCUCGUCCACACUGGUGUCAGGACACAGGACGUUGUGCUGCCCUAAGUGUUCCAGGGUGAAGUUCAGACUAGAUACAGAUCUAGGAUCAGCUUCCUCUCCCACAAUCCUAACCUUGACAAUUAGUGUAUUUUUUUUCUUCUUUAAACUGACCCAACAUCAGCAUUUAAGGGCAACUUCACACUACUCCUCCCAGUGUAAUGAUAGGCAGGGCCUGAAGUUUUUCCUCACCACGUGACCAGGCCAGGGAAAAACUCCUGGCCCUAGUUGUAAAUGGAAUGUCUCAACGCCACUGUGGUUUAUAUAUGAAUACUGGGUCCAUGUAUUUUCCACUUUGAAUGGUUUCCUCAUUGAACACUUCCCUCUGUGUGUAGUGGUCGUGUUUUCAGUUCAGCUGGCUUGAUGCUUGGUCCAGAGUAGACUGAUAAUGUAUAAGUUAUUACAGAGGAAGAUUUUAAACGUAUUUUAGUCAGUUAGCAGACGCUCUUAUCCAUAGCGACUUACAAGAGCAUUUAAGGUUAAGUGCUGUGCUCAAGGGCACGUCGACAGAUUUUUCAGCUUGUCGGCUAGGUGAUUCCAACCUGCGACCUUUCAGUUAUUGGCUCAACGCUCUUAACCGCUAGGCUACAUCCUUAUGAAUUUGUUUUUGUUCAGUGGGGAACCAAAGUACAAUAAUUAAGACUACAUUUCCAUUAACUUGUCAAUAAGACAGAUUCCCUAUCAGACUGAUAGGCUGUAACGAUGUAGAUGGAUUUCAUAUCAAUGUGAACAGAGUUCAGGAAGCAUUGGACAGGUGCCUGGGCGAGCAAGGCCUGUUGGUGGUUGAGAGUUUGUUGCUCGUCUCUGUUCGUACUUGGACGCAGGGAUGAGGAGGAGGAAGGCGCAGGGUUCCCAGACGCCAGCGCACUCCUUGCCCUGGAAACGGACCUGGCGACCCAGCAGUUGCAAGGUGAGAGAGAGUGCUGACUGGAAUGGUAAGCUGUCAAUGUUUGUCGUUUAUACAGGGUUUAAUAUGGUUGGAUUUGUAGAGUUCUAUAAAGCCGUCUUGAUACCCCUCUACCCUUCCCAUCAUAUUCUGCCUAGGAAAACACUUUUGUAUUGACAGUUGCUAUGAGAUUUUGAGUCCCAUAAUUAGAAUCCAUAGAAUGGUCCUUUGGAGGAAGGAUUUUUGGGAUAUAUUUGACAUUUGUAUCCUAAAGCGUAAUUAGUUGAAGUUUGUAUAUUUGUGACAUUUUGGCCUUACCCAGUACUCCUUUUAAAGACGCCAUGCUUCAGUUGUAGGUGCUACAAAGCAACAUUUAGUGUCAUAUACAACUUUACUGCUUGCUCUGUAUUUUGAUUAGUAUUUUGUAACACAUUUCUUGCAUUAAUUUGUGAAUAUUUACAAAUAUGAAUAUUGAAAGUAUACGUAUUUUUUUAUUAGGCUUUUACAUUUUUUUUUACAAACAUUGUCAAACAUGAUGUACUUUACAGGAAAUUCAAAGUUCUGUUAGCUCAAUACUUUAAAGUUAUGGAUUCUUUUAUAGAGACACUUUGGCAUAGUAAACAAUGUAACCAAUCACAGCCCUCCUUUUAAGUGUCAUUGCACAUCCUGCAAAUCAACAGCAGAGGUGACUAUUUUGAAUCCAUUUUCACAUUCACUCUGUUGGUAAUGCUUAAAAAUGUGUUUUACUCUAAAAGUAGCAGAGAUUCCACUCUGUAUCUUUGAUAUGCCCAUAGUGUAUUAUGUUUGCCAAAUCAAAAGUGGGAUAUUUUCACUUCAUGUUGUUAUUUUUCUACAUUCCGAAAUGUAUGUAAGAAAUGUUAUUGAAAUCAAAAUACAUAUGACAGAGCAAGCAGUUUAGCUUCAUAUGACACCAUAUAUUGGCAUGUAGCACCUACAGAUAAAACAAUAUGGAGUCUUACAGGAGUCCUGGGUAAUGUCAAAUUCGAACUAUAGUUAGUUAUUUCUAAAUCAUGCUUUAAGACACUGUUAAAUGUGUAUAUAUAUAUAUAUAUUACUCAGCAAAAAAAGAAACGUCCUCUCACUGUCAACUGCUUUUUCAUUAAUCUUAACAUUUGUAUGAACAAUCUUAAUAUUUGUAUGAACAUAACAAGAUUCAACAACUGAGACAUAAACUGAACAAGUUCCACAGACAUGUGACUAACAGAAAUGGAAUAUUGUGUCCCUGAACAAAGGGGGGGGUCAAAAGUAACAGUCAGUAUCUGGUGUGGCCACUAGCUGCAUGAAGUACUGCAGUGCAUCUCCUCCUCAUGGACUGCACCAGAUUUGCUAGUUCUUUCUGUGAGAUGUUACCCCGCUCUUCCACCAAGGCACCUGCAAGUUCCUGGGACAGUUCUGGGGGGGAAUGGCCCUAGCCCUCACCCUCCGAUCCAACAGUUCCCAGACGUGCUCAAUGGGAUUGAGAUCCGGACUCUUCGCUGGCCAUGGCAGAACACUGACAUUCAUGUCUUGCAGGAAAUCACGCACAGAACGAGCAGUAUGGCUGGUGGCAUUGUCAUGCUGGAGGGUCAUGUCAGGAUGAGCCUGCAGGAAGGGUACCACAUGAGGGAGGAGGAUGUCUUCCCUGUAACGCACAGCGUUGAGAUUGCCUGCAAUGACAACAAGCUCAGUCCGAUGAUGCUGUGACACACCGCCCCAGACCAUGACGGACCCUCCACCUCCAAAUCGAUCCCGCUCCAGAGAACAGGCCUCAGUGUAACGCUCAUUCCAUCGAUAUUAAACGCAAAUUCCGACCAUCACCCCAUGUCACAGAUAAAACCGCGACUCGUCAGUGAAGAGCACUUUUUGCCAGUCCUGUCUGGUCCAGCGACGUUGGGUUUGUGCCCAUAGGCGACAUUGUUGCCGGUGAUGUCUGGUGAUGACCUGCCUUACAACAGGCCUACAAGCCCUCAGUCCAGCCUCUCUCAGCCUAUUGCGGACAGUCUGAGCACUGAUGGAGGGAUUGUGCGUUCCUGGUGUAACUUAGGCAGUUGUUGUUGCCAUCCUGUACCUUUCCCGCUGGUGUGAUGUUUGGAUGUACCGAUCCUGUGCAGGUGUUGUUACACGUGAUCUGCCACUGCAAGGAUGAUCAGCUGUCCAUCCUGUUUCCCUGUAGCGCUGUCUUAGGCGUCUCACAGUACGGACAUUGCAAUUUAUUGCCCUGGCCACAUCUGCAGUCCUCAUGCCUCCUUCACCAUGCCUAAGGCACGUUCACGCAGUUGAGCAGGGACCCUGGAUAUCUUUCUUUUGGUGUUUUUCAGAGUCAGUAGAAAGGCCUCUUCAGUGUCCUAUGUUUUCAUAACUGUGACCUUAAUUGCCUACCAUCUGUAAGCUGGUAGUGUCUUAACGACCAUUCCACAGGUGCAUGUUCAUUCAUUGUUUAUGGUUCAUUGAACAAGCAUGGGAAACAGUGUUAAACACUUUCUAAUGAAGAUUUGUGAAGUUAUUUGGAUUUUUACGAAUUAUCUUUGAAAGACAGGGUCCUGAAAAAGGGCAGUUUAUUUUUUUGCUGAGUUAUUUAUAUAUAUAUAUAUAUAUAUCUCAAUCAACAAUCCUUCCUAUAAUGGGCCCUGCUAUGGAUUAAAUUGAAUGCAAAUUAAAAGUUUUCAAGUUUUGUGUGGAUUUACCCAUAAAUUUCUUCUACAGUUUGACUUGUAGCCUACUUAGUGACUUUCCUGUCUUCUGUUCAACGACAAACACUUUAUCGAUAUAGGCAACUAAAACACUAAAAGCACAGUUGCUUGCAGCUUCCUCUCGAGUCACUGGUAUGGAUCUUCUGGGAUAUAUUGUGUGUGUGGAGGGGAAGUGAGGCAACUGGAACCUGUCUCUGGUCUGCAGAACCUUCAAUACAAUGCGGACAAAUUACAUUUUCAGGAAGUACUCCACAGGGAAGGUUAGUAUCAAUAAAUUCCUUAAAUCUGAAAAAGCCUAUGGGAUACAGGCACAUUUUUUAAAAAUUAAUUAGUUCUAUAUCAUGGAGUGCUCUGAGGACAGUUUCAUGAACCAUGUUUCCAUAAAAAAAUAUUUCCAGAUAAAGGAACGUCUUGAAUCUCAUUCUGUGAUUGGUUGUUACGGUCUUACAAACGUCAUUGUAUGUCAACACUGUGCAAACACCUCAAAAAGUGCCUGUGUCCCAUAGACUUAAGAUUCUUUACUUGUGCAUUCAUAUUCCAUGUAUUCCAUUCUGGUUUGUCUGACAAUCUGUUCUGUUCUGUGUUUAUUUUCCAGAGAUCAGAUCCUGAACCCCAGUAGUUACUGAAAGGAGAAGCCAGUACAUUGUGCUUACAGGUUACUGUGAAGGACAACAUAAACCAUUAUAUGCUUGCUGCUCUUCUUACACCUCUAUUACUAAUAAAACGUUUAUUUACAA